GGUCCGUCAGCCUGGGGCUAGCUCCCCCCCGGCUGCAGUUCGGCGCCCGCCCUGCUGACGGCGCUGCUGUUACCCGGCGGCAGCGGGUCCAUGGCAGCCGGCGGGCUGGUCUGGCCACGGGUCGUCUUGUUUGGAGACUCCAUCACUCAGGGAUCCUUUGAGAAUGGAGGGUGGGGUGCUGCAAUUGCAAACAGGCUUGCUAGGAAGUGUGAUGUGUUGAAUCGUGGUUUGUCAGGAUAUAAUACGAAAUGGGCUCUAACUGUUCUGCCAAAGAUUAUUACUCAACCUACUGACCAAGACACCAUUGCUGCUGUUGUAGUCUUUUUUGGAGCAAAUGACUCUGCUUUGAAAGAUGUCAACCCGGUGCAGCACAUUCCUUUGGCUGAAUAUGCUGAAAAUCUGAAGCAUAUAAUUCAGUACCUGAAAUCUAUAGGUAUUUGUGAAGAGAAGGUGGUCAUGAUAGCCCCGCCUCCGCUGGAUGAGUCAGCCUGGGAAAAGGCAUGCAUUGCCAAGGGUAAUAAAUUGGACAGAUGUAAUUCAGUAACCAAGGAGUACACUCAGGCCUGUGUCAAGGUAGCAACAGAAUGUGGAACUGAUGUGCUUGAUCUCUGGACUUUGAUGCAAAUUGAGAAUCAGGACUAUUCCUCCUACCUUUUGGAUGGACUACAUUUAUCAGAGAAAGGGAGCAGGUUUCUUGAAACACAUUUGUGGCCCCUGUUGGAAAAGAGAACAGCAAGUCUGCCAAUGAUCUUCCCAUACUGGAGGGAUAUAGAUCACCUAAACUGCCAAGCCAGCCUAUUGCUAUAAAUUCAACAAUGCAAGGUCCACAUAUUCUUUUGCAUUAAUCCAAUGAUUUGUACAGGGCUAGUGGUUAGCCAAUAGGACAUAGACCUGAUUUUAUUUAUACAUUGCCUUACCAUUAGUAUGCAGCCACACAAGGUCAUUCUUAGGAUUAAUAUUCUGUUGAACUUGAAUUACAGAACAUAAUAUGCAUUGGGAAAAUAAUACACAUUGAGAGAGAAAUGUCAUUUAGACAAUUGAUGCAUUUUUGAGAUCCCAGCCAAAUGAAUUCUACCCUCUAAAUCCAGCAUUUUCAUAUGAUAGACUUCACAGAUUUUUUUAAAUCUAUAUCACAUGAACAUUCCUUCCCCCCACCCCACAAGGAAGGUGAUGUAAUCUGUAACUGGGGUGGGUGGCCUGUGUCUUCAGACGUACAACAAAUGCUCCACCAACUACACAGUUGUCAGGCCACCCAAACAGCAAAGAAAUAAAAACAGCUUCUGGAGGACCUUGAGAACAUUGCAUUUUUUCUACUAGAAAGACCCAAGAACCAGCAUCAGUUUCUUUAUCUUAGACCACUGUGUUGGCCAAUGACUUUACUAAUAGUGCCCAGUACAGAGAACUUACUUCAGCUGUCCUCAUUGAAAAGUAUCCAUUAACAUCAGUUGUAUUUUGAGGAUUUCUGCCCUUGGCUUUAUUCCAACCAAACCCAGUUAAAAGGACAAAUGAACCAGGUCUCCAGUAGGUUGCUUUCCUGAUCAUUUUAAAAACUUUCUUUUAUUCUUGAAGUGUUCAUCUAAAAUACUUCUGUUACUAUUGAAAGAGGGGGGGAAGAAAUGUUAGUAAUAUGUUGAGAUCUGUAAAAUCAUCAAAAUAAACUGAUGCUAGUUUAACGAGAUCAGAAUAGUCUGCUGUGCCCAUGUUAUCUGCAUGCACUGCUUUGAACUUACAGCAAAACAAAAUCGCUGCUGCAAGUUUUUCCUUGGCUU